AAUUUAAGUUUUCUAACACUUAGAACUCAUCAUCUAAAAAAUGGAUAGUCUCUUUUCAAUCUUGUAUAUUAUCUUUUUCAUGUACAUAGAGGGUAUGACUAGGAUUUUUUUUAUUGAGCUUAAUAUAUAGGUUGAAUGGUGCAUAGGGAGUAAAUACAAAUUAUAACCGCGAGGUAGUAGGAAAUCUUUUGGCUUUAUAUAGGAAGGACAACCCCAUCUCCCUUGCUUCUUGCCUAAUUAACCGCUCUCUCCUUAAACCUAUAACUACACCACCAAGAACACUUCCCUCCCCUUCUCUCUCAUUUUAAGCCACUACCUUUCCCUAUAGCUCCCCCCUUGGGGGAACUAGGAGUCCCUCUCCUGAUGGCACACUUCCGGACCACCACCACCACCACCACCACCAACUCUUUCUCUCUCCUCCUCCCCCUCUCUCUCUUACUCAUUCUCUCUCUGAACACUCUCAUUGAAGCCCAACUUCCACCGUUCAUCGGAAAUGGGCGAAAAGCCAAUGCUAGAGAAUUCUUGACGCACCACAAUAAGGUGAGGAUUGGGAUGCAAGAGCCGCCGUUGGUGUGGGAUCGGACGAUCGCUAAGUAUGCAAGGCGAUAUGCAGAGCAUAGGCGUGGGGAUUGUCAGCUGAUUCACUCUAUGGGUCCCUAUGGUGAGAAUAUUUUCUGGGGUGGUGGCCUAGAUUGGAGACCGGUGGACGCUGUUAGAUCUUGGAUCGAUGAGCAUCAGUUUUAUAAUAAGACGGCUAACGCAUGCGCUCCAUCCAAGUUGUGCGGGCACUACACCCAGGUGGUGUGGCGCGAGACCACAAGGCUCGGGUGCGCCCGCGUGGAGUGCAACACCACAGCCGUCUUCAUCAACUGCAACUAUUACCCACCCGGUAACUACUUAGGCGAGAGUCCCUUUGGCCGCUCGCACGUGUGAUGCUUAAUUUGAGGUCAUGCCGAAGCGGGAAGUAACCCUCACACGUGUGAUGCUUAAUUUGAGGUCAUGCACGUGUGUCUUUGUUUUAUGCAUUAUUUGUAUCAUUGUAUGAAUAAGGAGAGGGGAGAUUUUGUGCAUCAAUGUCCUCUUGCUUUUUUUCUUCUCUUUUUUUGUCUCAUUUAAUACUAACUUUUCUUUUGUGUUUUCUUUUAAUCUUUAUAUGAUAUUAUGGGAAGGGUUCCUCAGUUAUUGAGACUGUAGAACUAUCUUUGGAAUUCAA